UUCCAAUCCCCUCCAUAUCAUGUGAUUCAGGUGUUCCAAUCCCCUGGCAAUCAUGUGAUUCAGGUGUCCCAAUCCCCUCCAUGGACACAGGUGUAUACAAUCACGCCCCUAGGCAUGCAGACGGCUUCUACAAACAUUGGUGAAAGAAUGGGUCGCUCUCAGGAGCUCAGUGACUCCAAGCGUGGUCCCGUGAUAGGUGGCCACCUGGGCAAUAAGUCCAUCCGUGACAUUUCCUGGCUACUAAAUAUUCCACGCUCAACCGUUAGUGGAAUUAUAACAAAGUGGAUGCCACUGGGAACAACAGCUACUCAGCCA